AUGCUCAAUAAGCGAGACGUUCAAUUGGAUGCCGAGGAAAACGCAUCUGGGCAAGAAUCGGUUUGGCGGAGUGUCUACAACUUGAUGCGUUGUCCAUCCUCCUCAUGCCAUCUUGGCCCACAUUGCUGGCAAGACCCGCAUGGCAAAAAACACUAUGGACUGAGGAGCCAUCAUGUAAAGCGUCUAAUCUCCUUUGUGGAGAAAGGUGCCCCCUUGCAGUCUCACGAGGACGUUCCGGACAAUUUUCGUGAAGAGCUAUAUAUGGAAGAGCGGCACAGAUUUGAGAGCCAACAAUCUGAAAACAACAAGAUGAUCGGCACUCCAGGAAGCUGUCAUCCUAUCAAUAUUCACUUCAAUGGGAUGCAAUCUUCUCCGCAAUCAGAGACGUCCAACACAGCCGCAGCUUCAGCAAUGCUUCUGGCGCCAAAUGACCAAGUCAUAGAUGACCUCAAUAUCACUGGAUUACGAGAUGAAGCUGUCAGAGAUUAUAGCGCAUGGCAUGAAGCGAAUGUUAAGGACUACAACUUGAAAGCUCAAUUCCGGCAAAUAUGCAAUGUGGCGUUAGCCAAUGGUCUAGAUCUUAAGCUGAUCUAUGAGGACCUAGAUCCGUCAUUCUUCAUCGACAAAGGAAUUAUGGUAGGUAUCGCACGCCAAUUUGUGAGAGAUAUUGGCUAA